AUGCAGCAACGCGCAGCGAACACCGUUCCAGACAAGGUAAUAAUCAUUGGUGCUGGGAUCUUUGGUCUGUCCACAGCACUCGCUCUGGCAGAGAGAUACCCAUCGACCCAGGUCAUAGUGGUUGAUCGUCUGACGCCGCCCGUGCCUGAUGGAACAAGCGUCGACACCACUCGUUGCAUCCGGUCAGAUUAUGCGGACCCUAUAUACCGAAGACUAGCGGAGCUUGCGCAGGACAAGAUCAUGAACGACGCCGAUCUUCAGCCAUACGUGUUCCAACAGGGCAUGACUUUCGUCUGCGAUGGUAGACCAAGUCGCUUCACAGAUGUCUGGCAGCGGCAAGCUGAAAGAGCGAGGAUGAACCCGAACUCCGCGGAAUCGACGUCGAGGGAGGAGGUCUUUCAGCGUAUCCACGGCAAGGACAGACUACCGCCGGAGCUGUCAGCCUUGGAAGGAAAGGCAGACUGGUGCCAAGCAUACACCAACUUAUCAGCUGCUUUCAUCGAUGCCAAAGAGUCUGUCCAAGUGUACUAUAAUCGAUGCCAAGCCAGACCUUCCAUCAACUUUCGCUGUGGUUCAGCAGUCAUGCAAAUUGAUGUUAUCAACCAGGCGGCGACAGGCGUGACACUCGAGAAUGGCGAGAAGCUUGAAGCUGGACUAGUCGUCGUCGCAGCUGGAGCCUGGUCCAACAAACUUGUUUCCCUUGGCACACGCGUGCACCCCAUCGGCCACGAAGUCGUGUGGUUCAAAGUGACACCAGAGGAAGAAGAACGCUGGAAGCACAUGUCAAUUACAACCAACAUGUCCACAGGCUUGAAUAUCUUCCCACCGUAUCACGGUGAGGUCAAAGUUUUACGUAGGUCGCCUGGUUAUAUCAACAGCAUCUCAGUGCCGCAUCCAGACGACCAGUCAAAAGUACUUCACAUCUCGCACCCGCGAACGGCCGUCGACAGCCCAACGGACGUCAUACCUGCUGAUGCGGAACUCUCCAUCCGGCAAAACCUGCGAGAGAUCAUGCCGCCACUUGCGGACAGACCGUUCGACAGAAGCAAAAUAUGCUGGAUUAGCACAACGCCCACGUCGGAUUUCCUGGUUGCUCCUCAUCGAUCCAUUGCGGGUAUACAUUUGGCUACGGGCGGUUCAGCACAUGCCUGGAAGUUCUUGCCGAUAAUUGGUGACUUGAUCGUGGAUUCGGUGGAAGGUACCUUGGCUCCAGACCUUGUCGACAAGUGGUCAUUUACUAGGCAAGCUGACGCUAGAGACGAAAAUGCGCCUCGCAUGGAUGGAGAACCGCAGGAGCUGAGCAAUGUUGUGCGCCAUCGUUUGUAG